AUGGCGAAGGACGGGUACGAGAAGCCGGCCUCCACUGGCCUUGCUGCCGGCCUGAACAAGGGUUUCAUUGUCACCAGAAGGCCGUUGAAGACCAAGCCUUCCUACCGCAAGGGCAAGAAGGGUGGCAAAGUGGGCCUGAUUCGUGAGGUGGUCCGUGAGGUCGUGGGCUUUGCGCCAUAUGAGAGGCGCAUGAUUGAGCUGCUGAAGAUUGGUUCAGCUGCCACCUUCAAGCGUGCCCUGAAGCUGGCCAAGAAGAGGCUUGGAACCCACCGCCGUGGCAAGAAGAAGCGAGAGGAGAUGACGGAGGCUGUGGCCGCCAUGCGCCGCAAGGGACAUUAG